UUGAAGUGCAGUCAGCAGCAGCGGCAGCCAUUAAAGAUAUCAUCAGCAAACCCCACCUUAGCAUUUCAUCAUAUCGAUCAUUUCAUUCGUAGCUUUUCCCUCUGCUUAUGUCUACUGCACUCUCUCUAUCUCUAUCUCCAUCUCCAUCUCCAUCUCCACCGCCUAUUUAAUUUCACAACACCCAACAAUUUCAACCUCAGCUUCACCUCCUGCAAUGGCGGAAUUUGGGGGUUUUCCUGCUCUGGGUUUUCUUGUUCUGUUCUCUGUUUUUGCUUCGUGUGUGGUGUCAAGAACACACUUGAUUACUUCCGGAACAGAGAUUCUUGAUGUUGAUUCAGCAAUUUCGAAGACCAGAGAUGUGUUCUCGGUGAAUUCAGACAAGGUACAAGCCUUGAAGCAGGAUGUACAUGAGCGAAACGGCGCCGUUUUGAGCUUCACCCUGCACACGCGGCUGUCCAUACGAGGCGGUGCGGAUAACGACUACCACAGCCUAACAUUGGCUCGACUCGGCCGUGACUCAGUCCGAGUCGAGGCGAUUCAAACUCGGGUAGAUCUGGCGAGCUAUGGCGUACGGAAAGCAGAUCUGAUGCCUAUGGCGGAUUCUGAACUGGCGGAGGAGAAAUUGGAAGGUCCGGUAGUUUCCGGUACCAGUCAAGGCAGCGGCGAGUACUUCUGCCGCGUCGGAAUCGGAAAACCGGCGACUCAGGCUUAUAUGGUGCUCGACACCGGCAGCGACGUGAACUGGGUUCAGUGCGCUCCUUGCGCCGAUUGCUACCAGCAAGCAGAUCCUAUCUUCGAUCCAGAUCUGUCUUCUUCGUUUUCUUCGCUGAAUUGCGAAACUCAGCAGUGUAAAUCGCUUGAGGUUUCUGAAUGCCGGAAUAAUACCUGUUUGUACGAAGUCUCGUACGGCGACGGUUCCUACACCGUCGGAGAUUUCGCGACGGAGACGAUCACGCUCGGCGGUUCCGCGGCGGUUAACAACGUCGCCAUCGGUUGCGGACACAAUAACGAAGGUUUGUUCGUCGCCGCCGCCGGAUUAAUCGGAUUAGGCGGAGGAAAACUCUCAUUCCCCUCGCAAAUCAACGCGACUUCGUUUUCCUACUGCCUCGUCGAUCGAGACUCCGAUUCCGCCUCAACUCUCGAUUUCAAUUCUCCGUUACCGCCGGACGCCGUGACUGCACCGCUCCGCCGGAACUCGAAGCUCGACACGUUCUACUACAUCGACUUAACCGGAAUUAAAGUCUCCGGCGAGCUGCUUCCCCUUCCGCCGACGACUUUCCAGUUAAACGCGAACGGCAGCGGCGGCGUGAUACUCGAUUCUGGAACGGCUGUCACGCGCCUGCCGACGGCGGUGUAUGCGUCGCUCCGCGACGCGUUUAAGAAGGGGACGAAGGAUCUCCGGCCGGCCGGCGGCGUCGCGCUUUUCGACACGUGUUACGAUCUCCGGUCGAAGAAGAGUGUGGAGGUGCCAACGGUGUCGUUUCAAUUUUCUAACGGUAAAGAGUUAGGGUUACCGGCUAAGAACUACAUGAUACCGGUUGAUUCGUCGGGAACGUUCUGCCUAGCCUUCGCUCCCACGGCGUCUUCACCGGGGAUUGUCGGGAAUGUGCAGCAGCAGGGGACACGUGUCAGUUACGACCUCGCUAAUUCUCUUAUUGGGUUCUCGCCCAGUAAAUGCUGAUCCAUAAUCAUAAAAUGAAUAUAUAUAUAUUAGUGUUUUAAUAUUUUUAUUUUUAGCUAAUUAAAAAAAUUAGUCAUGUUUAUUUUAUAUUUUAAUUUUCAUUUAAGUGGAUGUGCGUGUCAAUGUGGCCUGACUUUAAUAUCUGUAAGCCCAUUGGGUUGGGCCCAUUUGUCGGCGUGCAUUUAUUACUGCUUUCUAGUAAUAAGUAGUAUUUUUCUUGCUUAUGUAUGUGAUAUGUUCUUCCAAUAUAAUUUUUCAAUUGCGAUUUUAAAAUAAUAAUAAUAAUAAUAAAUUA